GGUGUGUUUGUAAAUUACUACUAAAACAAUUAAUUUACAAGUGUGAACAGGCAUAAGUAGACAAUUGAUAUCUAAAGAACAAGGAUACACCUUCUUUCAUAAUGGCUGGAAACAAAGAUCUGGCAAGGUUGAUUAAUAUGGUUCUACUGAAGCAAGGGGGCCAGCUAAACAUUGACCAGUUACACCAGGACCUCACAAAGAACCAAGGUGUACAAAUUCCUAAUGUCCAGUCACUUUUAAUUUUCUUGGAAAAGUUCCCACGCAAUUUCGUCAUAAAUACAGUACGUCAUAGAAGAAAAAAUGUGUCUAACGUGCGUGUGAUAUCGGAUAUCGAGACCUGUGCUGAACAUUGCAAGAAACAAGGAAGUUGCCAUAGUCAAAAUGGUGAAUGUGGCCGACUACACAUUUGCAAGUUCUUUCUUCUGUCUGGUCGCUGUCAUUUUGGUCCUGGAUGUGCAUUCGGCCAUGACUUUAUAUCUCGGCAUAAUUUUAACGUUUUCAUGUCGCAUAUGCUUGAUCCAAGGUAUAUCGAAGAAAACAGUUUGAGAGAUCUGCUGUGUCAGAAUGAAUGCAGAAAUGCUACCACGAUGCCCGAUACAUGUAAAUUUUACAACACAUCAAAGACCUGCUCCAACAAGAGAUGUAGAAGCCUGCACAUUUGUCGACAUUUUCUUGAAGGAACCUGCAAGUUUGGGUCCGACUGUAGAAGAAACCAUUCCGUGGAAGAACCAUCUGUUUUGGACAUCCUUGAGGACUAUGGUUUUGAUGUGAACCGAAACCCUGAAGUAAUACUAGAAGAUCUUCAAAACUUCUAUAAAAAUAACACAUCUACAAACAUCGGAUCAUCGCAACCUUCAGGUUUGUCCUACAGGAGUCGAUCAGUGAAUAAUUUAGCAGACCCACUUAGCAUGUCCGUCUUUGACCCACCACCACAAAGACAACGCGGUAGAUCAGCGGGCAGACAUCGAGAAAGAAAUGGGAUAUCUUUCGAAGGUCAUAUCGGAUCAGUGGAGCGGUACCGGAUAUGGUCUCCUCAACCAGAUGGCUUUUUAUCUGACUCGGACAGGGAACAAGAGGUGUACGUGCCAACUCUGCGUCGACCACCUUCAGCAGUCCCAGCAGUGCCUGUUCCACGGUCUAGAACAAAACAAAGCCCUCUGGCAAUGGCCUUGCCUCCAAAACCAGCCAUAUCAACAUUUAGAUCAGUUUCAAAGGAGUCAACUUUAAAAAUCUGUAUUCAUUAUCUGCGAGGAAAAUGUCUUUUUGGGGGAAAAUGUCGAUACCAUCACAAGUCAACAAUUUACCAGUGGCAAUGGAAGAAAAAUACUGAUUUAGAUUGGACAGAUUUUGACGAAGAAGAAAACAUAACUUUGGAGAAAGGCUUUAGUCAAGUUGAAGAAGCAGAGUGUUAUUUAAAAAUGGGUAAAAACAUUGUCAGGGUUGACUUUGAUACGAUGAGUGUCAGUGGAGGAAACAUCAGCAGUGUUCAGCGACUGACGACAAUCUCGUCAAAGAACUCUCCUCCGUAUAUUCAGAAGUGGACGACUAUUUGGCACUGGUACUGGCAGGAUCAAAAUGGAAGUUGGAAAGAAUAUGGAGACCCAGACCGACGGGGUCAGAGGUCAGAGCUCGACAGCGACAUGGUGGAGGAGCGGUAUCUGGAGAACCCAGAUGGAUCCAUCAAGUUUGGAAAUGGCCGACAUCAGUACAUUCUGUAUUUUACCGACAUGCAACAAAUGAAUAAAAAAACAAAAACAAAGCGUGAUGUUCGACGCAGACCUACAUUCUUCCAUCCUGAAGAUUUCAAAAAGAGAAGAAGUAGUGAGACCUCUGCUGACAUUUCGAAAUCUUUCGUACCAAAAGAAUGGAAUGUGUCAGGAGAAGAUGUCUAUGGACAUUACCGAAAAACAGUGAUUAAGCAGAGUAGCCAAGAAUUCAAGUUGAUUGACAAACUUUUUCACACGACCAUGCCUCAGGGGAGAUCAAUCAAGUCACUGGAGAGAAUUGAGAAUGGAGAAUUGUGGAACAGUUUCUGUCUAAAACGAGAACAGAUGAAGAGAAAACUGGGGAAGGAUGUUGUUGAAUGCCAGCUGUUCCACGGGACACAUGUUGACAACAUCGACGCGAUCUGUCACCAAGGUUUUGACUUUCGGUUCUCCGGGAAAGCUGUAGGCACCUUACAUGGAAAAGGAAGUUAUUUUUCCACCGAAGCAGGUUACUCCGAUUCUUACACUGGUAACUGUGGAAAGAUGUUCAUCGCUCUAACUUUGGUGGGUGACUUUUCAAAGGGUAACCAAUCGUUUGUACGCCCACCACCAAAACUUGAUUCUGAACCACAUGGUGAUUUGUUUGACAGCUGUGUUGACAACAUAAAAAAUCCUAAAAUCUUUGUAAUCUUUGAUUUGUACCAGGUGUAUCCGCAGUAUCUUAUCACCUAUGAGUAAGACGGUGUCUUCAUGCACUGUGCAAGAUCACCCUGUUGGUAAUGUAAACUAAUCGUAAGUUUAGAACCUGGGGCCUAAUUCACUAAACUCUCGUAACUUUACGAUAUCGCAGUGCAAUGCUAAAAGACUUGCAAAGAGGAUGCUUUGUUGUCUAGUAGAGCCUAAGAGAGCUUUGUGAAUUAGGCCCCAGAAUUCUUAGUUUUACACUACACCAGUGAAUAAAAAUAAAAUAAAUUAGAGAUCAGCUGUGAAUCAUUCAUUCCAACAUUAUGUGAUUGCAGUUUUUUUAUUUAACACUAGAAGAAAUCAACCACAGCAGGAGUUUCAAUUUAAAAAAGAUACAUUCUUAAAAUUCAAUUUUUCUUUCACCACUGACAAUUAGGAAAUUACUUAAGCAUCAUAAAAGGAACACAUGUAAGUAUCUAAAAUAUUUUAGAUGGACUUGGUAAUUUUUAAUGUUACUUCUCAGACGCACGUGCAUUUUUAAAAAUUUGAGAAAUGCAUUAUGUGAUAGUAAAAACACCAGAAAGACCAAAAUCACUUCGAAUGUACGGAAACUGAUCAUCUAAACCAUAAAUUCUAAGUAAAGUAUGAUUUCAGUUAUGAAAAAAUGUCUCUAAUAGUCAAAAAUAUGCAUUCGUGUUUAAAAACUAGGGUACGUCCCUUUAAAACAAAGUACACUAAAUAAAGUCUUGGGGAAUACCACCUGUUGUAUGUAUCACAGGUAACAAACCGAUACUAUCAGUGAUCUAAAACACUAAGGCUGUCGGACUCACUAUCAGUUUACACUUCUGAAGCUGUCAUUCCACAAAUAUGUUUUGUAUGUUAAAUUUGACAGCCAUGGUUUAUCAUAAAUUUGUCAAAUAGACAUUUCAGCAGCAUUUGGUACUUAAACAAUACCAUUAUAAGAUUCUUCGGGACAAUAAAAUGUAAAAAAUAAUAAUAAUAAUAUUAAUAAAAAUAAAAUAAAUAUAUAUAUAUAUAUAUAUAUAUA